GAUCUAUAAAUGCUUCUAUGUCGUAGCUAUGACUUUUUACCAAAAUCAAAACAUGUAGUCACCCACCAGGCUGCAAAGAUUUUUGCCAGUUUGAAUACUUUCCGCGCAAUUUUUUUUCGCUUUCUUCCAAGUUUAUUCUAUCUUUUUAGUAUUAUACGCACAUGAUUUGUUUGCUUUAAUGCUUAAGAAUAAGUGCUCAUUUUUAGGUGGUCAUUUUCAAAAAAGUUUAAAAUUUUCCUUUAAAUGGCGCUAAAUAUUCCGCGAACCCAAUGGAAGUCUAUUUUUAAAUAAGAUUCACCCAUCACAAUCAAAACAAAACGUUGGACAGCCAUCACAUACUCGAUCACGAGUGCGUGAUAGACGUGUGAGGAAUAUGCAGAGCGUCCGGUUACUGAUUCUGUAUCACUUGCUGUUAGUUCCUGUGGUGGUGCAAGGAUCAUUCAUGGAAUACAUAUGGCCUUCACAGCAAAAUGGUGACUCGAGCACGGCAGUGGAUACAUUCCCCGCCGUUCCCUAUGAGCUUUCCGAGAGUGACGAAUCUUUCCUACGAGAAGCGUCCAAAUGGAUUGGAACCAACCUUUCAAAACUAGAUCAUUGUCAUCAUCGGGUGAUUCUGAAAUUGAAGAGUUCCUGCGAAAGGUUGAAUGCCGAACAGAUAGGCAAAUUGGCAGUUAUGCUACUAAAUUGUCAGUCUGAUUCGGAAGGCCGCAGAAUCUACCACUGCACGGAGCAAAUGUCCCUAAAGGACUGCACCACGGAAAUGGAUCCCGAUACGUGGAAUGCGUACCACUUGGUGACAAACCGGGCCAAGGCUGUUUGCGCGAGCGUUCGUCACGACCAGUUCCGAGGGCUUACGGAACUCACGGUCAACAAACUGAUGAACACGGCCCACGAGCAGAUAGAGAUGAUGGGGCAACUGGCGGAGAAUCAAAAGGAACUGCAUAGUGUCACGCAGGAAGCGAUCGACGAAAUGUCGGUCAACAACGACAGGAUCAUCAGUCAACAGGGCGAUAUCAUGCGGCUGUCCGAAACACAUCGCGCCAAAGUCGAGUCAAACUUUAGGGAUCUCGUCAGAGAGAAAGCUUUGAUACGUUCAGGCCAACAGGAGGUUGCCACGCUCCUUACUGACCUUCGAAGCCGCAUUGACGAAAGUAUCAAGCAGCUGGAGACGCAAUCGAAGCGGAGUAAAUUGAAUCACGCUUCCUUACUAACCGACAUGGAACAGUUGCAAAAAAGUGCAGCAACGAUCGCCGGUAAGAUAGACGAAACAAGCACACAUUUUGCCUCGCAUCACCAAGCGGCCGAAGAGCAGUACAAGUACACUCUAAGUCAACUCGAAAAAAUAAACAACACCGUCGCAAACAUGUUGGACAUGAUCGGAGCCCUUCAGAAAGACUUUGAUCAUAAGCUGGCAUGGAUCACGGAGAAAGUCGGCGGAAGUGACUACAUUCUGAAGAAAAUGAACACCAUCAUCAUCCAUUUUUGCUACAUAAUUUUCGGAAUGAUCUGCUUAUCCUUUGUCGGGGCAGACAAAUUCAUCCGGGUGUUCUUUAUUCUGGCAGUACCUGGAAACUUGCUGGGGAAUCUACUCGAUCUUAUCCAAUCGGAUGUCAUCCAACUUAGCGUCAUUCUGGGCAGUUUCAUUGCCGCGGAUUUAAUAUGCCGGCUAGGACUGAAGUUCUAUCCUAGAAUUCGUGCAUGGCGCGAUCAACUAUCAAUGAACCGUGAUCAACCUGACACGGCUGCAAGAGGGCAACGAGAACCAUCGCUGGUACCGGCACGAUCGCGGCUAAACGUGCCGCUCCGGCCGGAACCCACCGUUGUCUAUGAGGAGGAUGAGGAAGAGGAGAACGAAGAAAAUCAGGAGGAAACCAACGAUGCCACUUCCUAUUUGAAUUCUUUGCGCUCGCGGUUUUCAAGGGAACGAUCGAUGACCCCUUCGGUGUCCAAUGGUGGACCGGUACGGAGGAGCAUGACCAGAGAGGGCAGCGAAGAUCGGCAGCAGUGUACGGCGAGGACGAUACGGGGAGACCAGUGUAGAGGAAUAGCUUUAGCGGGAAGGGAUUUCUGUCGAGUUCACGAUCAAAGGGGUUUGUAGACGGGUUUGCAGGCGGAAGGUGGAGUUUGUAUUUGGUAUAGUUUUUUUGAGAUGAUUAGUUAAUAGAAUGAGUUGGCAUUUAGGUUUAGAUUGAUUAUAUUUUUAAUGUGCUUAAGUUAGAUGGUCCCUCGCUUUCUAAUCAGUUCAUUAAUUGAUAGCUGUAUAAUUAUAACGAAUUUAGAAGCCAUUGAAUUUACCUGAUAUAAUGACAAUAUUUUGUUAUUUCUACUUACUGGAAGAAAAUAUGUAUUAUAAGAUAUUUUUAAGUUGUUUUUAUAAACAUUUGAUUGUGAAUAAAAUAAUUGGUUUUAAUUUUAUAA